AAGAUGCAGGUUGCCAUCAGCGGACGAUCUAUUUGGAUACUGCUGUUCAAUUGUCUACACCUUUGGGGGAGUCUCUUUGCAUCUGCAUCCUCUGCUGCUCUCCCAGCAGCCAGAAUCUUUUCCAGCGUGUCAAACUCAGUGGUGUGCCAAGCCCCCGAGGGCCAGAAGGGUUCUGUGUUCAUACUCUACAACUCUACAACUGAGGUGGAUAGGAUUGAGUUUCAAACUGCUGCGGGAGAGGCUCACUUCACGGUGACAUUCCCCGCGGGGAAUUCACUUUUCUGCUGUUGCUACCAAAACAAAUACGGAGUCUACUCUACCUUCAGUCCCUACUUACAGCUGGAGCAAGACGACGGUGUUCCGUCGACGUUCCCUGCUCCGGUUUUGUCCGUGGAGCCCUCAGGUGGCGUGGUCGACCUCGGAGACAGGCUGACCUUCAGAUGUUCUGUCCCGUCUCCAGCUCCGCAGUCUCUUCUCCGGUCCUCAUCAGCCUCCCUACAAGUGUCCUACUUACUCAUGAGGGCCAGUGUGGCUGCGUCCUCCAUGACACAGCCGCGCGCCAUGCAGGUUUCCAACUCUGAAACUCAGCCUGGGGUGUUUAUUCUGGGACCUGUCACGGGAGGCGAAGAUGGAGAAUACACCUGCUUGUAUCAGGUCGUUCGGAACGCAGGACUAGUCAACUCCUCCGUCAGUCCCGCUGUUCAGGUCAUCGUCAAAGAUUUGCCGCCGACUCCAGUCCUUUCCUUACAGCAGCUGACUCCAGUGUGGCACUUCCUCUGCAUGGGGUCCCCGGCGUACCCCGGCGCUGUGUUCUAUCUCUACCUAGAGGGCGACGACGCCCCCAUUUUCUCCCAGCGAGCCCAUGUCCUCAAUCAUCAGGUCACUUUCCAGGUGCCGGUGCAGGACAGUCCAGUGGCUCUGUACCGCUGCCAGUACAGCGUCCUCCUGAGGGAUAGGUGGAGCUCCUCGGCCCAAAGCCCCCCACUGGCUGUGUCGAGAGGGGCGACACCUGCAGCCACAGCAGGAAUUGACUGGCCUCUGGUUUUGGGCUCUUUCUCCGCUUCAGUCCUGUUCCUCUGUGCGCUGGCGGUCGUGGUCGUGGUUAUUCGCAGGCAUGUGAACGCAAAAGCAGAAGAAAAGAGAAAAAGGCAAGAAUCCCAAUUCUGGACCCACCUACAUGCAGAGGAGCACAGUGUUGACCUCACACCCAGGUGUUCACGCUACGUCUCUCAGGAAUGGUCCAGCGGAGAGACUAGCACCGGGUCGGCCUCCCGAUCUCCACUGUGGAACUCCACCUUCACAUCCCCGUCCUUUUAGAGGAGACCUUUAUGGUGGAAGUGUGUCAUGCAUGUAGCAUCAGCUGGACUCACACAGCAGGACAGGAAAGAGUUGGUUCCUGUUUGAGAGGCUUGAUUACACUUCGACAGGAUGCGAUGUUUGUUGCAACAUCAGCCACCAAAGUGAAAUUUAGAUACCUUCCUUUGGUGUUUAUUCUCCUUAGCUUCAAAGACUCUACAUAUGCAGGUACACUUUGCUAGUACCGCUUCGGAUCCCGAAAUUGUUUGUGCCAUAAAUUCAACAAGAUGUUUUAACCCCGUCAGA